CUCAAGCUGACAGGGUAGGGAAAAAGGCAAGUAAUAAGACUGCUUACUGUAGCCCUUGCUUGUGGCUGUAGAGAGAGGUGUUUCCUUUUCUGAAGAGCCUCCCUUCGAAAGCCCUAAAUGGCGACGCGGUCUGACAGGAAUGAGGAAUAACUGAAAGCUAUUGGAGAGUCACUUCACCGCUGGAGGCUACCCAAAUCUUUCCUUUAUCCACCACCCACACUGUGUACAGCCUCUCCUACCCUCACACCUCAGGUGAAGGUGAAAUCAGAGAAUGAUCAGCAACUUGCUCGUGUUGCCAAUUUCAUCAUGAAUUUUAAGACUACAGAUAAUCUGACUCUACUUGGAUUAUCUAAGCCUUAAAUAUUAACCACCAGAGGAUUUUCUCUAUUUAUCCAUCCUGAGACAUGGCACAAUCAUUUAAUCUUUUUCAACAAGAUCCUACUGUGACAUCCUCUCCUACUGAAGUUCGUGUGUGGAUAGAAGAAUUGAAUUAUAAUUUUCUGAUAUAUGGAGAACACUUUGAAAGAGCAAAAAUCAAUGGGGAGAAGCUACUUAACAUUACUCGGCAAAAACUUAAUGAACUUGGCAUAAUACAGACUGACCACCAGGACAUCAUAUUAAAAGCGGUUGCUAAUAUUAAUAAAAAGAAUAAAGUUGAAAGGCAAGAUAUGCCAGGAGAAGAUCAGAAUGACAAAAAGAUGCCUACAAGAUUCAAAAAACAAAGUGAACAUCUUGAGCAUGCUAUUGAUUGUGUUCUUGUCAUGAUAUCGGAAAGAAGAAGGGCCCGUAUUCUACAUGGCAUUAAUGAACAAUCACCUCAUAACAUUCUAACAGCUACUCUUGAACUGAUAAAUGUGGUCAAGAUGAUACUAAACAUUCUGGAAAGGCCUCCAUUUGAUUGUAUGUCAGAAUUUUCCAGUUUGAAAAGCCAACUAAUUAAAUGCAUCACAUUACUGAAGCAUUUCUCUGAGCAGUCUUACCUCAGCCAUGAAAUGGAAUCAGAUAUGAUAGAUGUGUGCAAGAGUGUGAAUAAAAUCUGUCACUACAUAUUUGCUCUGCCACCUGAUCUUACAAGAAUGGAAACACAAAUUCUAGCAUUCCUUACCCCUGAAAAUAAAUUAUCUAGGAUGCAAGUGCCAAUAACUACAACUAAUUCAUCAAGUGAACUUAUAUUCUCACUUCAAGAUGUGUCCCUUCCAAUUGAAAUAGUACCAGAAAAAUUUGAAUAUUUUUCCCCAGAAAGGCUCAACACUCCAAGUAAUGAAGGAGCAAUUGUGAUGUCACAUGAUGAAGGAAGCAAGUCUGAAACAGAAGCUUCUGAUACAAAAAUUUCUGAAAUUUCAACGGGUUCUUUGGACUAUAAAAGUCUCCAAGACCUAAAAAUAAUUGAAAGUGACACCCCCUGGCUGGAAUCUGGCUCUGAAAGAUGUGUGAUUGAUUCUGACUCUGAUAGAGGCAUUGGUUUGGACUCUGACUUAGAACAGCACUCAAAAGACUCUGAUUCAAUAAUAUGGGGAAUGGACUCAGACUCAGAAAAACGUCUCAUGGACUCAAACUCUGUGAAACAUCUGCAAGAAGCAGAAAAAUACCAGGUGGCUUCAAGUUCUAUGAAAGACCUGAUGGAGUCAGAGCAACAGCUAGUGGGAGUUGAACAAUGCCAGAUGGACUCUGACUCUUUGAAACACUGGAUGGACUCAGAUUCAGAAAAAUGUUUGGCAGACUCUGACUCUGAAAAAUAUGGGUUGAACUCAGACAGUGAAAGACCUGAGAUGGAUUCAGACUCAGAAAAAUCCCCUAUGGCUUCUGCAUCUGUGAAACACCCGCUAAAGGCAGAAAAAUGCCAAAUAGCUUCAGAUUCUGUAAAAAGCCUGAUGGAAUCUCCGAAAAUGUUGAUGGAGACCAAACAACACUGGAUGCUCUCUGCUUCUGAGAGGUAUAUGAUAGACUCAGACAUGGAUAGAGAUGAAAUGGACUCAGCUUCUGCAUCGUCAGUAUGUCUGAUGGGGGAAGAAAAACACCAGGAAAAGAUAAGAUCUAAGAGAUAUAUAAUGGAAUCUGAUUCUGAACCAUGUGAGAUGGACUCAGACUCAGAAAGAUAUGGGCUAGCCUCAACAGCUGUGAAAUGUGUCAUGGAUGCUAAAACAUUCCAGUUCAGUACUGAUACUGAGGGAUGCAGGAUGGAUUCUUGGUCUGAAAGACAUACAAAUGACUUAGAUUCUGAAAGCCCAGAGAUGGUCUCUGAUUCAGUGAAACACACAAUUAAGGCUGAAAAUUGCCAGAGGGCCUCUGACUUGGAAAGUUUAUGGAUGGGCCUCAGGUUUGAAUCUAAAAGAUGCUGGACUGACUCUGAAAGACAAAAAUUGAACUUUGACUAUGGUAGAUGUUGGGAUAGCUCUGGAAGAUAUCAAUUUAGGUCCGAAAGAAUUCAGCAUAGCUCUGGAAAAUGUAGGGAUGACCCUCAAAAACGUUGGGAUAGCUUUGAAAGACAUCAAAUAGACCCCAAUUCUGGAAAAUAUCUAGCAGAUUCUGAAAAUAAAAGACAUAAAAAUGAGUUUGAAAGUGAAAGACUCAUGAUGGAUAUGGCGAAGGAACAGUGUCUGAUAUUUGAAAAUAAGAGACUUCAAACAGAUGAAGACAAGAAAAGGUAUCUCAUAACAUCUGACAGUGAACAAGAGCACAAGAUUGUAUUUCACAAUGAAAGACACCCCGUUUACUCAGAAAAUGAAGCACAAAGGCUUGGUGCUCGCAAGAAGGAUAAUCGUCCUCAGGGUUUUUGGAGGCCUGUUUUCUUGUCAUCUCCAUUUAGCCAAAGAAAGAGAACUGAAGAACAAAAGUCUGUACAACAAAUUGAUAACAGAGCAGUUUCCAGAAUUCACUUUGUAAGAUAUCUGAGUGAUGACAAGAUUGUGAGAUUUAAAGAAGUGUCUCCAACUCUCAUUGGCAAUCAUAAGUCACAGCAAAAGCUAAAGGAAGAGCACAGCCAGAGCCUCUCAGACCCAAACACAUUCACAGAUAACAAGUAUCACAGAAACAGAAGGCACAAAAUUUCUGUCUGUAAAAGUUGUUGCAAGGACUAUCAAUUCCCACAAAAUUUUCAGAGUUCCCAGUCUCAAAUGAAUCCUCUUAAUCUUCUAAAUGCUGAGGAUUAUACCUCCAAAGUCUCAGCACUUCUCUGCCACCCUAUGUCCAUGAGCCCUCAGUAUGCUGUACACCCCAAGACUCACAGAAAUAACACAUAUUCUUUAGACACUGGGACUCCUAUAUGUUCCAAAUGUUUUAUGGAAAUUGGUAAUUCUCCUUUUCAUAAAUGUCUUGUAAACUCUGAUGAUGAUUCAGACCCUGAUUCUUCUUUACAUCUCCAAAUUCCCUUGGAUUCUAAAUAUUCUCUGAACCUCAAAUCUAUUAGAUAUCACAAGACUUCUUGGAAUAGCCCUUUAUCUCGAUCCCUGGAUCCUAAGCAUUCUGUGGGCUUUUGCUGUCCUUUACACCGGGAGGAUUCUAAAUAUUCCUUGGGCUCAAGUUCUUAUUUACAUUGUGAAAGUUGCUCAGCUGUCCAAAAUCACAUAGGCUCUACUGCUACCCAUACCUUUCCCAUGAAUCCUCAAAAUACUAUGAGCUCCCAUAGUACACUUGGCCCAGACAAUGUUAUCAACACCAGCAAUGUUCCUGGCCUUGAAAAUGAGGGCAUGUUUAACCUUACUGCUAAACUUGAAAAUGAGGCCAAACCUGACAAUGAUACUAAACUGAUUACUGCUAGAAGCCUCAAAGAUAAGGCCAGUGCCAAUGACGAGCCUCUUCUCAAAUAUGAGACAGAACAUGAAGAUGAGACAGACUCUGAAGAUGAAAAAGAUUCUGAAAAGGAAAUAGACUCUGAGGAUGAAAACAACACCAAAGAUAAGAAAGAUCCCAAAGAUAAGUCUGACCCUGAUGACAGUGAUUCCAAAGAUAGCAAUGCUGAACAUAAUGCAGACACAAACAGUGGAUCUGAUCCUGGUGGUGAUGCUGACCCUACAGGUGGAGCUGAUUCCAACGGUGAUGGUGAUUCUAACAAUGGAACUGACUCCAACAAUGAACCUGACUCUAAUAUUGAUGAUGCCACUAAAAAUGAUGCUAAUUCCAAAUACAGCACUGAUACUGAUGGGGGAAAACAUACCAUUAAUUCAGAUAAUACCCCUGGCCUAGACAAUUGUGUUGAUCAGGACUGUACUGUUAACUCCAGCAAUGGCACUAGUACAAACUCUACCUCUGUGCUGCAGAAUGGAACUGGCCUGAACUACACUUCUUGUUCCAAUAAUGGUUCUGGCACUAACAAUGCCACUGGAUCAGGCAAUGACAUUUGCCCCAACAAUGGUACUAGCCCCAACAAUAGACAUGGCUCUAAAAUCAAUAUAUCUGGCCUCCAAAACAAUGCCCCUGACCCCAAAAAUAUCGUAUCAUGUCCCAACAGCCCUGAUUCCAGCAACAAUGACUCCCGCCUCAAAAUCAAUGGUCCUGGCCUGAACAACAAUAGCCCUGGCCCCAAUGACAAUGGCUCUGGCCUUAAAAUUGACCCUGGAUCUAACUACAAUGUCAGCCCUAGUAGUGCUAUAAGCCACAAUAGUGCUAUUAGUUCUAACAAGGAUGCUGACUCCACGUAUGAUACAAAACCCACCAUUGCUGCUGGACACAACUAUGCAGCUGUCCCAAACUAUGACUCAGACCAUGACUGUGUCUCAAGAUUUACUCAUGCAGUAGGUUCUAUCCCUCUAGUCAACCCCAACUAUAUUGCCAAAAACAGUUAUGCUGCCAGACACAGCUCUACAACUACUACUGCCAAUGUCAUUGACACUAGCAAUACAACUAGUUGUAGUGGUGCUGUUAGCCCUAGCUAUACUGCUGGCACCAACUGUGCCUCAGGCAUUAACCAUGACAUUAGAUUGAUUCAUGCCUUUGAAUCCAACUUUGUCACCAACUCCAACUAUGAUGCCACAAAUACUCAUAAUGUUCAUAAUUCCACCAGUAUAAGCAAUAUUAAUAAUCUGUCUGAGCCUGAAUUAGAAAUUGGUACCAGUUCCUCCAUUCCUAAUAUUGUUUAUGCUAACUCCCCCACUUUUGCUGCUGGCACAAACUAUACUUCCACUCCUGAAAGUUUGAUCACCUCUGAAUUUUCUGAUUCAUCUAAGCUUGGUAUAAAUUAUACAGUUGUUGAUAACCACAAAUUUGGUGCCUGCCUCAAGGACUCUUCUGGCUCCAUGGAUUCUUCUAGCUUUAAUCAUACCACUAAGUCCAAGGAUGUCCUUGAUGCCAAGGAAGUUGGCUUUUUAAAAGAUUUAUCCAGGAUCCAGAAUACAAUUGGUGUCAAGUAUCCUGCCGAUUUAAACUUUCACUCCAAUUCAAGUAUUCCACUCCCUAUUUUUGACAUUAUAGUAGAAGCUGAACCACCAGAUGUUGUGAAGUUUGCUGUAUCAUCAGGGGCUGUGAAUCUAUUUUUUAAGUGGGAGACAAGCUUUCUGGGGAUUUUCAAUCUAAAAUAACAACAAACCAUCUCCUAUCCAAAUAUACUGUCAACUUGCUCAAGGUCUUUUAAUUGCUGAAUUUCUUUACUGAGGUCAUCUGUGCACCAAACCUUUCCAUAAAUUCACUCCUUUAUACAUCAAUUUGAUCAUUUCUUCAUAAUACUAAAGUGUUUCCCAGGUAUCCUAUUGCUGGAUUCCUUGUUAGAUAAGCUAGGGUCCUGAAAGUGUUUAAUCAAAAUAUGGUGAACUAAGUUGGCAUCUCUUUUUGAAAUGAAUUAGUAAAAGAUCUCAAAUUGAAUGUAACUGAAUAAAUAAUAUCAAGCAAAUAAAAGUGUUCCUCC